AUGGGCAUCAUUGUGGGAGGGGUCUUCAGGGGCUGCCAGGGUCAGUUGCUGCAGAGUGUUUGGGUGGGGGGAGUAGGGAGGAAGGCUUGUUGUAGACUGAGCCUCAAAGGGACCAGAUGGGCUCAGGUCCAGGGCUCUGGUCUGAGGCCUGGGGAGGGAGGACAGAGUAGGUGGGAUGAGGACUGUCCUGAUUGUGCCCACCCCCCUCCACUUAGAAUGACCUGUGAGUCAGAAUUGAGCCAGCUCUUCUGGAAAGCCAGUUCAGAAAUUGCCACCUUGCCAGAUCCCCAACAAAGAGGGGGUUCAGCUUUACCUUGA